AUGCAAAGCUCAAGUUUACAGACGAAGAUGGCGAACAAGCAGAGCAAAACGUCUUGCCGUCGUGUGUUCGGCAUGCUAAGCCGUAUGCAAGUGAAUGGAGCCACCUAUCCGUAUUCAAUUGCUCAAGCAACUCAGACCAUAGAGUGGAAACGACAAGGCGCACGCUCACGUCUCCAAACCGUCGCAGACUUGCCAUCUGCCUUUGUCUCGUCUUUAGACGCCGCUGAGACGCGCGAGUAUGAGCGUCAGAGCUCUUUCCACGGCCAUAAACAAAGCUUUGUUAUGCUUGUACGUGAAGUAUACGCUAUGCUGGAUAGUAUGACACAGGACCGUCGCAAGCUUCGGCUCUUAUUGCAGGAAUUGAUUCAGAGACUUCUAGACCCGAAUGGAGCCCACGUAGAAGACGGAGACCGCGGACAAAUGGAUGGAGCUACAGGAAGACAUGUAGCUACUGAGCGUGAGACAUUCCUUCGAAUUGGUGGUGACGAGUGUCUGCUGCGUGUGCUACACUCGCUCCGUCUGGAAGAUCAGAUGAUGCUUCAGGCCGCAGAAAAGCAGCCACCGCUUUGGUCUACGCUCGUGCUGGAUGGAGCGCGUCGACAGAAGCAUGGAAUGAGUCCGCGAAGUGACGUAAGAGCGCUCUGGGAGACGCCUGUACCGAUUGUUGUGUCACCAGGCAAGAAUGGGACCGAUGCGUCGUUAAGAAAACACAUUCUGAACGAUACGAUGGCCAUUUUGAGAGAGCUGUGCUACUUUUCGGUUAAUUUGGCCAUUCAGCUUUGUGACAAGGACGGCUUGAUCGUGUAUCUGUUCCAGCUCAUGGGCGACGCUAGAUUUUUUGAUAACGCAUCUGGGCUCGUCGAAGAAGUUCUCGCUGUGAGGGAAGAAUCGUUUGACCUCAGUCGCGUUCCCAGCUUUCACGCGAUUAUGCAGUCUCUUUCAUCAAGGCAGUUGGCAUUUUUCUGUAGAAUAUUGGCUCUAGUUGUGUUUGAACCGGAGGACCGACGACUUUUGGAGACUGCCAAGGUUAUCAAGUCGCUGGAAUUGCUGAAACUCCGCCGCAAUCGCGCGAUGCGUGCUGACAAUAUUGUGGACCGUAAUCAUGCGCUUAUUUUCAAUUCGCCACUGAUUUUGCAGCGAUUAUUGCGGGUAUUGCAAGUGCAGAAUUUAUACUUUGCACUCAACCCAGUGUACGAGCCUUUUUCGUCAGAGCUGGCUACUUCUGCUGAGUUUGCUACUCUACUCUAUCGGACAAGUGAUCGCAGCGACUGGGACAUGAUUGAUCGUCUUGUGACUCAUCCAACGUUUGGCUCUUCAGGAGACCUUACAAUGUUUCACAGGCAUUAUGAAGCAAGAGGUGUUGCUAUGACAGCUGCAGCUGGAGACGAUCCUGACUCGACUUCGUCUUCGUAUCCACCGCAACAGUCGUUCUCUGUGGAAACAGCUAUCCUGCGAGAUCUGAUUUUUCGUAGUCGGUCACCAGACGAACGUGCGCGGGAGGACGCUGAGGCUCAGGUUAUUAUGAAGUCUGUCGUGCUGGCUCCGUACCGCGUCGAGGUGCUUUUCGUACUUUGCACCUUGUUGAAUGGCAAACGCAAGGUUGACUUUCAGGAACGACUUGCAGAAAUGGGAUUUGUCAAAACACUCAACACAAUGUUUGACAAGUUUCAGUGGACCACAACAGUGCCACUUGAUCCAGCUCAUGAGCCGUUGCAUGGCCCAGGUUGUGACUGCAGCUUGGACGCAUCGUUGAAGAUUCAAUUUCUCCGAUUAAUUCACAAUUUUUGCGACCGCGACUACAACGACAACACUAGCAAGCUGUUGUUGCUCAGUGAGCACGAGGUUCAGUUGAUGAAUGAUGGUGGUUCCACACCUAUCAGCCUUGAUCAUUCAGACAAGGGUUUAUUGUCGAAGAUCAUUCACGCGCUUAUUGAGCAGCCGGUGGACUCAAUUUAUCGUUUCUGGCUGGCAUCUUGCGUGGAAGCAUUUUUACGGCGUGCAGCUCCUAAUGAACAGCUUUUCAUAGCACGCACACCAUUGCUACAUGCAUUGAUUAGUGAGAUUCUUGGUGGAGGUGCCUACCGCUCACAAGGCAGUUUUCAGUCGGCAUUUGAUUUACUUGGAGAGAUGACUAAGUGCAACUGGCAGACAUUGCAGCUGUUCCACGGGCUCUUGAACAAUACUCAAUUUGCGACAUUUAUGGAAGUGGUGAUAUUAAAUUUGGUAGACUCAAACGUGUUUGUUCGAUCGAUGCUUCUAUCUUCGGAGAAGUUUGCUAAGCAGCCUAAAAGUGGAACAUGUGAUCUAGCGAAUAAUUGCGAAAUGGACCGAAUGAGCGAGUUUCUGACAAUGAAUUUGGUGCGCCUGCUGCGUGAUCUCAUGACUAUCGUCACAAUGGAUGAUAUCAAUCACGAGAACAUAUGCUGUUUGAACACAGCCAUUGUUAUUCUUGUCUUUCAGCAUCGUCGGGAGCGGUUGCCGGCUAUUAUAAAGGCACUACGUGACCACGAGGAUGUAUCAGGCAAGCAAGGCUACGUUUGUGAUAAUUUCCGUGGCUUACUGUGGUUUUGGAUCCAGUAUUACACACCACGUGGCCGAGACCGUUUAGGUUUGGAGCACUCUAGCGAAGUCAAGUUUGAAGAGUGGCGACAUGUUGUAUCAUUGCUUUGUGCUGACGAUGGAUCUGAGACUGCCUUGCUCCCGACUUCAGCGCGCCUGCCGUUGUCGCCUUAUUCGCGACUGUAUGCUACCUCUCGCGAAAGGAGCACCUAA